UAUAAGUAGCAAAUAAGACACUCAGAAAAAUCCACUUCCAGUCUUUGUGAUUAGUGAUCCAGGACUGAUAUGUUGAGGAUGAAUGUGCUGUUACAGGUGUUGGUGUCAUUUGAAGACCUGGCUGUGGACUUCACCAAGGAGGAAUGGCAGAACAUGAAUCAUUCUCAGAGGACCCUGUACAGGGAUGUGAUGCUAGAAAUCUAUAGCAUCCUACUGUCCUUGGGGCACUGCAUUAACAAGCCUGAGGUGAUCUUCAAGUUGGAACAAGGAGCAGAACCAUGGAUGGUAGAAAAACCCCUGAACCAGAGCCUUCCAAUUGCCAACAGAAAGGAUGACCUUAUCAAAACCAACCAGAAAAGUGAAGAAGUAAAUUUGAGGGGACCUGAUGAAAUACCACCUGGAGAGAAACCUCAUGGACCUAAUGUCACUGAGAACUCACUCCAAUACUUGGAACAUCUUAGUCAACAUCACCAGAUUCAGAAUAUACAUCAGGCUUUUGAACACAAUGGCCAAGGGAAAUGCUGUAACAGGAAGAGACUAUCCUUUGAAUGUGAAAGGAUUUGUGUGGAACAUACCUCUAAUAAAUCAACUGUCAUUUUAGGAAACAAAACACUGGUUGAAAGUAAAAAUUUCCAUAAAAAUGUCUAUCUCAGUAAAUGUCAGAAAGCAGGAGAGAAACUCCAUGGAUCUUUUGAGUAUGAUGAAUCUCUGAAUUACAAAUCAGAUCUUACAAUGUAUCAGAGAACACAUAUGGGGGAAACUGUCCAUAUAUGUAAGCACUGUGGGAAAUCUUUCAGCUGUAAAUCCUGCCUUACUACCUAUCACAGAACUCACAUAGGGGAAAGUCUCAUUGAGUGCAUUGAAUGUGGGAAAAGCAUCUACCAGAAGUCAGACAUCUCUAGAGACCAGAGAAUUGCCACAAUGGAAAAUCUUCAUGAAUGCAGUGAGUGUGGAAAAGCCUUGUAUCAGAAGUCAUACCUCAUUAAACACCAGAGAAUCCACACAGGAGAGAAACCUUAUGGAUGUAAGAUAUGUGGAAAAGCAUUUUGUCAGAAUUUACAACUUAGUACACAUCAGAAAAUUCACACAGGGGAGAAACCUUAUGAAUGCAAUGAAUGUGGAAAAGCCUUUUAUCGGAAGUCACAUCUCAUUAUGCAUCAGAGAACUCACACAGGGGAGAAACCUUACAAAUGUAAUGAGUGUGGAAAAGCCUUUUCCCAGAGUUCAGUCCUCAAUAAACAUCAGAUAAUUCACACAGGGCAGAAACCUUAUAAGUGCAAUAUAUGUGGAAAAGCCUUUCAUUGGAAGUCAAGUAUCAUUAUACAUCAGAAAAUUCACACAAGGGAGAAAUCUCAUGAAUGCAAUAUUUGUGGAAAACCCUUUUGCCCCAGGACUGCCCUCAUUAGCUGUAAGAGAAAUCAUACAAAGGAGAAACCAUGAUUGUAACGAGUGUUGAAAAUCAUUUUACCACAGGUCUUCCCUCAUUAACUAUCAGAAUUCACACAAAAGAGAAACCUUAUGAAUGCAAUAUGUGUGGAAAAGCAUUUUGCCAGAAGUCUCAACUCAUUUUUCAUCAGAGCACGCACACAGGGAAAAAAAAAUCUUAUAAAUGCAAAAAAUGUGGAGAAACAGUUUUCCAGAAUUCAAGGCUCAGUAGUCAUAAA